AUGAAGAAAGAUAUGGCUCCUAAUCGUGAUCUUGAAAACAUCACACCCACACAGUCACAGGUUGGCGAAGUCAUCGAAAGAAAGGUAAUCGAGGAAGAUGCUGUGUUUGGAGAAAUACAAGAAGGUGAUGUCAACUACCGUGAUGUGAGCUGGAUGGGAACAACCGCCUUGAUGAUGAAAACCCAAAUCGGCUUGGGUGUUUUGUCAAUGCCGAAGGUAUUUGACACCUUAGGGAUAAUACCGGGAAUUAUAAUGCUGCUAGUGAUUGCUGGAAUGACAAGCUGGUCAAACUGGAUGGUGGGAGUCUUCAAACUGCGUCAUCCCGAGGUUUACGGCAUUGAUGAUGUUGGAAAAGUGCUGUUUGGGCGAUGGGGAUUUGAGCUGCUGGGUGCGGCGUAUACGUUAUACUGGAUAUUCGUCUCUGGCUCCGCGAUGCUGAGUAUCUCAAUUGCGUUCAACGCUCUCUCUGACCAUGCCAUUUGUACCGCCAUUUUUGUGGCGGUCGCUGCUAUUAUCGGGUUUACCUUCUCGAGUAUACAGACCCUCGCCCGCAUUAGCUGGCUUGCCUGGUUAGGAGCAGGAAGCAUUAUAAUUGCUGUCUGUAUUCUUACCAUUGCUGUGGGAGUCCAAGGUCAUCCUCCGCCAGUCUCAGGUGUCAUUCCAGACUCUGAUUACAAGUUAUUCGGAAGCCCAAGUUUUGUCGAUGCCAUGACAGCCAUCUCCACUCUCUGUUUAACCUAUGCCGGGACGCCGGCCUUCUUUAAUAUCGUUUCCGAGAUGCGUGAUCCGCGUCUCUAUUCUCGGGCGCUGGCAAUCUGCCAGAUCACUGUCACCACUAUCUAUAUUGUGGCAGGAACAGUAAUUUACUAUUACUGUGGUUCCCAUGUUAGCUCGCCAGCGCUUGGUUCAGCAGGACCAUUAAUAAAGAAAAUCACAUACGGCCUUGCCCUACCGGGGCUUAGCAUUUCUACAGUUAUAAUGCUUCAUUUACCUGCUAAACAUAUUUUCAUGCGCAUUCUUCGAGGAUCGAGACACCUCACAGGACAAACCCCAACACACUGGAUCACCUGGCUGGGAUCUACAUUUACUGUGUCUUCAAUUGUGUAUAUAAUCGCAAGCAGUAUUCCAGUUUUCAGCGGUCUUGUCUCGCUUGUCGGAGCGCUACUAGCGACCUCUCUAUGCUUCCAGCCCAUGGGUUGUAUGUGGCUCUAUGACAAUUGGGCACUCGGGCAACGGGAGAAGUCCCUGGGAUGGUGCUUGAAGGUAGCUUGGUGUGUGUUUGUCAUUCUAACUGGGACCUUCUUGACUAUCGGGGGCACGUAUGGUUCUAUUGUGAGUAUCAAUCAUUCCUACAAGCAGUCAGGGGGCUCUGCCGCCUGGUCUUGUGCCAAUAAUGAUAUGUGA